AUGUCCAACAGCAGUUCCAUCACCCACUUCCUCCUCCUGGCAUUCGCAGACUCAAGGGAGCUGCAGCUCUUGACCUUCUGGCUCUUCCUGGCCAUCUACCUGGUUGCCCUCCUGGGCAACGGCCUCAUCAUCACUGCCAUAGCCUGCGACCACCGCCUCCACACCCCCAUGUACUUCUUCCUCCUCAGCCUCUCCCUCCUUGACCUGGGCUGCACCUCCGUGUACUUCUUCCCACUCAACCUCUCCCUCCUUGACCUGGGCUGCACCUCCACAACUCUGCCUAAAGCCAUGGCCAAUUCCCUCUGGGGCACCAGGACCAUCUCCUACUUGGGAUGUGCUGCACAGCUGUUUUUUUUUCUGUUCUCAAUCACAACCGAGUAUUUUCUCCUCACUCUCAUGGCCUAUGACCGCUAUAUUGCUAUCUGCAAACCCCUGCACUAUAGGACCCUCCUGGACAGCAGAGCUUGUGUCCACAUGGCAGCAGCUGCCUGGGGCACUGGGUUCCUCUAUGCCCUGAUGCACACAUGCAGUAUAUUUUCACCCCCCCUCUGCCACGGAAAUGCUGUGGACCAGUUCUUCUGUGAAAUCCCCCACAUCCUCAAGCUCUUCUGCUCAGAUUCCUACCUCAGGGAAGUUGGGGUUGUUGUAGUUUGUAUCUGUUUAGGUUUGGGAUGUUUUGUUUUCAUUGUGGUGUCCUAUGUGCAGAUCUUCAGGGCUGUGAUGAGAAUCCCGUCUGAGCAGAGACGGCACAAAGCCUUUUCCACUUGCCUCCCUCACCUGGCUGUUGUUGUCCUGUUUGUCAGCACUGCAGUGUUUGCCCAUCUGAAGCCCCCUUCCCUCUCCUCCCCAUCCCUGGACCUGGUGGUGUCAUGUCUGUAUUCUGUGGUGCCUCCAGCAGUGAACCCCCUCAUCUACAGCAUGAGGAACAAGAAGCUCAAGGAAGCCCUGCGGAAAAGGGCCCAGUGGACACGGUUUCAGUGA